CAGAGAGAGCAGCUCCCGCCAGAGUCGGAUCCUUCUUCAAGCAGGAGCAGUGUUUUCCCAGCUCAGUUCAGUUCCGUUCUCCAGCGCAGCCACCGGCUCACCAGCCCAAGUUUACGCACAGGGAUGCGGGCGCGUGGAGCCGCCUGAAAAUGACUCUCUUUAGGAUUUACACUUUCCUUGCUCCUUUUCACAUAUUAGUGUUAUGUCAAGCCUUGAGGAAUUAUCCGGAUAAUGAAGUUACCUUGCUUGACUCUAUGUCCGCUCCAGGUGAUCUGGGUUGGGAAGCGUAUCCACCAGAGGGGUGGGAGGAGAUCAGUGUUAUGGACGAGAGGAACAUACCUAUGAGGACAUACCAGGUGUGCAACGUAAUGGAAGCCAAUCAGAACAACUGGUUGCGCACUGGACUGAUCCAGCGAGAGGGCGCUCAACGUGUCUAUGUGGAGAUCAAAUUCACUUUGCGUGACUGCAACAGCCUUCCGGGUGUCCCUGGAACCUGUAAGGAGACGUUUAACGUAUACUACCAUGAAUCCAACAAUGCCGUCGCAGCGCCUUUGCGCCACAUUCGCGAGAGCCAGUAUGUCAAGAUAGACACUAUAGCGGCCGACGAGAGCUUUACACAGACGGACGUCGGGGAUCGUGUCAUGAAGCUGAAUACAGAAGUGCGAGACAUCAGUGGUCUCAGUAAGAGAGGCUUGUACCUGGCGUUUCAAGACCUGGGUGCUUGCAUUGCUUUGGUGUCGGUGAGAGUCUUUUAUAAGCGAUGUCCUCUGGCGGUGCUCAAUCUGGCCCGGUUCCCGGACACUGUGACGGGCGGCGAUUCAGCGCUGGUGGAAGUGCGUGGCACUUGUGUGGAGGAUGCGGAAGAGCUGGAGGCACCACGGAUGUUUUGCAGUGCUGACGGAGGUUGGCUGGUGCCCAUUGGCCGCUGUGUGUGCCGGCCAGGCUUCGAGGAGGUAGAUGGACACUGCCAACCAUGUCGGUCAGGCUUUUACAAGGCCUCUGCCAUGGAUGCGUACUGCGUGAAGUGUCCCCCACACAGCUACUCCCACCAGGACAAAGCCUCCGAGUGUGUGUGUGAGAGAGGCUUCUACAGGGCGGAAUCGGACCCUCGCUCCAUGGCGUGCACAAGACCCCCCUCGGCACCCGGCAACCCCAUUUCAAUGGUGAACGAGACGGCAGUCACUCUAGAAUGGAGUCCUCCUCGUGACAGUGGCGGACGUGGAGAUGUUACCUAUAGUGUCCACUGCAGGAAGUGUUCGGGAGAAACAGGGGCUGCAGGGGACAGUGAGAAGUGCGUUCCCUGCGGCAGCGGUCCACAUUUUAACCCCAGGCAGUUUGGCUUGACGCACCCCAGAGUUCUGGUCACAGAACUGCAGCCUCACACCAAUUACACCUUCAGCAUAGAAGCUCUGAACGGAGUCUCAGAUCUCAGCCCUAGUCCACGCCAACUAGUGUCCGUCAACGUCACCACCAGCCAGACAGUGAGCGUCAUUUUAAAGGAAAGGAAGGGCACCGACAGUGUAACACUGGCAUGGCAGGGUCCAGAACCUGCCGACGGGACCGUGGUGGAAUAUGAAGUCACCUAUUAUGAAAAGAACCAGCAGGAUCAGAACUACACUGUCCUGAAGACCAAAUCCAACAGCAUGACGGUGGAUGGACUCAAGCCGGGAACCACAUACAUCUUCCGGGUUCGAGCACGUACGGAUGGUGGCUAUGGGAACUACAGGGGAGAGAUUGAGUUGGAGACAAGCCAUGAAGAUAUGCUGGCAGUUGGAGAUCCCAACCAGCAAACCAUACUGGCCAUCUCAGUGGCUGGAGGUGCAGUGCUUCUGGUCUUGCUGGUGGCCUGUUUUGUUGUGAGCGGACGGCGCUGUGGAUAUAUUAAAGCAAAGCAAGACCCUGAGGAAGAGAAAAUGCAGUUUCAGCAUGGACGAGUCAAACUUCCCGAAACCCGCACGUACAUUCAUCCGCACACAUAUGAGGACCCGAACCAGGCGGUGCGAGACUUCGCCAAAGAAAUCGAAGUUUCCAACAUCAGGAUUGAGAGAGUUAUUGGGGCUGGUGAGUUUGGAGAGGUUUGUAGUGGGCGUCUGAGGCUGCCCAGUAAAAGGGAGAUCCAGGUGGCCAUCAAGAGUCUUAAAGCCGGAUACUCUGAGCAGCAAAGACGUGACUUUCUCAGUGAGGCCAGCAUCAUGGGCCAGUUCGACCAUCCCAACAUCAUUCGACUGGAGGGAGUCGUCACCAGAUGUAAGCCUGUGAUGAUAGUGACAGAGUACAUGGAAAAUGGAUCUCUGGACACUUUUUUGAAGAAACACGACGGGCAGUUCACGGUGAUCCAGCUGGUGGGAAUGAUGCGUGGGAUAGCCGCGGGGAUGCAGUACCUCUCAGAGAUGAACUACGUGCACCGGGAUUUGGCAGCACGGAACAUUCUGGUGAAUGGAAACCUGGUGUGUAAAGUGUCUGACUUCGGGCUGUCGCGCGUGUUAGAGGACGAUCCAGAGGCGGCGUACACUACACGGGGAGGUAAGAUUCCCAUUCGAUGGACAGCCCCUGAGGCUAUCACCUACAGGAAAUUUACAUCAGCCAGUGACGUGUGGAGUUACGGCAUUGUCAUGUGGGAGGUGAUAUCCUACGGGGAACGACCAUACUGGGAAAUGUCCAAUCAGGAUGUGAUAAAAGCUAUAGAUGAAGGCUACAGGCUACCGGCUCCAAUGGACUGUCCGGUGGUGCUUCACCAGCUCAUGCUGGACUGCUGGGAAAAGAACCGCAGCGAUCGGCCCAAAUUUGGGCAGAUUGUCAACACCCUGGACAGGCUGAUACGGAACCCAAGCAGCCUGAAGCAGCUGGCCAACACUGCAGUCUGGGAGGAUCCAGUGACUCCUGAUGCUGGGGUCAACACAGUGGAAGACUGGCUGGACUUGAUUAAAAUGGGUCAGUACAAAGAACACUUCUCUAGCGCCGGCUACGUCACCCUGGACUCCGUUCUGUACGUCAGUGCCAGUGAACUGGAUAAGAUGGGCGUAGCACUGGCAGGCCAUCAGAAAAAGAUCCUGUCUAGUAUCCAGUGUCUUCAGGCACAGCAUGGGACUCAAGUUCAGGUAUAGCGCCUCACCUCAACGGCCUCGACCUGUUCCGCUUCCACCGAAGAGGAGAUUGGGAGCGUUCUUGCCACAUGGAAGCGUCUUGCUGCAAAAUGACUCUGUUUUAUCUCUCUACCAGCACUGAAGUUCCUCAGCCCUACAGGAGAAUGGGCGAGUACCUUCCCUUUUGUGAUCAGCAUCCAGAAAUCUUCUAAGGCAGUAGAUUGCUCUGGAUGCUCAAAGAUUGUGGACUUUAAAAGUGGAUAUUAAUCGAUCCAAGUGAAGUAAGGACAAGAAUCAACACCAUGUGACAUCACAGCACUGUGAACAUCACGCUCCACUCCUCAUUGUACAGAAGAAAGACCUUGAGAAGAAACACCGAUUGUGUCUUGUGAAUCUUUUAACUGUUUUGCGAGUGAUACAAGUAUGAUUUUCUUCAAUAAGAGACUUAACAUAAACUGCGAGGAUGAGAAAACCUUCAGCGAGAUGUCCUUGAAAACUUGUGUAUGUGGAAAUAGUUUAGAAACGUUCAGCGAGAGACAGCUCGCCUUUAGAAGCACUGAUCUCUCUUUCACACAUACACAUUUAAACGGUACAUAGAAGGGCCGCUCCUUGACCCCAAAUGCCUCUCCGGUCUGCUCCCGUCAAGCCCUCAGCAGCGUCUUUGGAAUAUGUCAAUUCCACCGUGGAGAUCCCAGAGUUUGGAGAGCCCACACUUGUCACUUUUGACAAGUUCUGACAUCCGACGCGCAGCAACAGAGAAACAAGAGACGUUUAAGGAAUGAAAAGUAAUUGUUGCUUCAGAGGCAGGACAGCGUGACGAUGUCACGAAGAGGGCAGAUGUCGUCCUUCCUUCACACUGGCAGCAACUUUCGGACACGUUUAUGUGGAGCCACUCCAUUUGAUGUGGCUUUUCUUCUAAUUUCAUUGCAUAUUUAAAGUAUUUCGCAUCAUUACAUGCGUUUCACCACGAACGUGAGCCGCUAUGGGCGUCUUUGUUGGAAGGAGAUAUGUGUUGAGCAUUUAACGAGGGAGACCGUAUCCCUAAAUCAUCCUGGUGUUGAUGGAGCUGCACUCGGUGGACUGUUGAAUCUAUAUUUGUGUUGGACCCCUUUUAGCAUAGCGCUCUGAUGGUUACCGAGCACUAGGUACCUUCAGAUUACAUUUCCAUAUGAUCUGAUAACAACAUGGUGGAGCUUAAACAUUUUAGCAUACAAUUUCCAUGUCAUUUUAUGCACCAUGUUCACAAUCCCAUGUAAAAAGUUGUCCGCAACAGAUGCUGGUGCUUUAAAAAUAGGUUCAUCCUCCAUUUUCUGGUUUCUCGCCCCAUGUUUCUUGGCAGUGCUUUGUUUUGCACUUGGAAAUGGUGUGAUUGAAGAAGAAAAGAUUGUAUUGCAGUAGAAAUUGAGACAUUGUACAGUGUUGGUUAUUGUAUUUGUACAGUAAUGACUUAGUGUUUUGAAGGCUUUUGUCAGUUGUAAAUUAAGGCAAGGUGGUAACUCUUAUUUUAACCUUCAGCUCUAGCUUUGAACAGACAAGGAUUGUGUGGCUGUAGAAUGUAAUGGAUAAUUUAGCUUUAUGGUGUUGGGGAAAGCUAAGCAUUCUCAGGAUUGUUUUUUUGUCACUGAUACACUAUUCAAAAUGGCAGCAGAUCAGACACAACUGCCUACUCAGUUCUGUCGUCUACGGAUUCACUUCCUGUUAGAUGCCUUUCCGUUUCAGUGUUCUUAUUUAUGUUUCGUCAUCACAAGUCCUUCAUUUACACGCUGCAGAAAACAUUUUCUUUCAGUAUUUUUACAUUUGUCUUGUUUUCCAGUAGACAUAAGAAUAAUAUCUAAAUAUCUAAAUGUACGACAUUUCUGGCAAGAUUCUAAGAAACUUUAAUGGGGUCUAUGCUUAAAGUUUGUCAAUUGGGUAAAAAAACAGUUUAAUUCAUAAUAUAUUCUUUGAAACCAGUAAUAUUUUUACAAUCUACUACACUACUGUACACUACACAACUGGUCAAUAAGACUUUUUGAAAGAAAUUAAUACUUAUAUUCAGCAAGGUUGUGUUAAAUUGAUCAAAACUACAUGUUAACAUAUAUUAAAACAGAAAACAGAUAUUUUAAAUUGUAUACGUUACUGUUUUUACUGUAUUGAUAAAAUAAAUGCAGCCCUGGUGAGUAUAAGACUUCUUUCAAAAAAGAUUAAAAAUGUUACUGACCCCAAACUUUUGAAUGGUAGUCUUAUUUUAUAUUUAUGAAUAUAUCUUGUUUUAAGUAUGUUUAAAAAAACAAUUUACUGGAAAACAAGACAAUAUUGAAAAUCUAUUUAGGUGACAUGGUAUUGAUUUAAUAAGCACAACUUUAGCAUUCUUGUAAUUAAAAUGCUAAAUAAAAAUGAUCAAACAUGCUUUUUUUUUUAUAUACAGUAUUAUAAUGUUGGCAGACACUUUCUAAAUGAUGCAGAAGCAACAAAAACGGUGUUGUUCUCUCAUUAUUUGACCUCUCUGAGAAAGUGUUCCUUCGGCUCAUUGAGUUAAAUUUAAUUGAAACCAUAACGAAGAAUGUUUAUUUCUUCCGACUAUUUAUUGAUGAAAGUCAAGGUUAUAAUUGUAAUAAUGGGCACAUCUGCUCUGUGCUUUUAGUAAUUCUUAAUUAGGAGCUAUUCCUAAUUGUCAGAUUACUGAAACAUAUGUGCCUAUUCAGAUUUGUAAUUUCCCAUGUGGCAACAAUAACAGCAAAUAAUUUAAUGAAGCACUGCAAAAAGCAUCUUCCACCCAAAAAUGAUUCACUUUGAAUCCUGGGUUUCUUGUGAGUUCUCAUUUUUCUUGUUUUUAGUUUGUAGCUCACUAUUUACACAACACAAACACUCACAGUUCGAUGCAGUAAACAUUAUCUUGAAGCAUUUUUGACAUUCCUUUUGUUUUUUUAGAAAUAAUAAAUGCAGUUUGUUUGUGUUCCAUUUUGUGAAGUACUGUUAUUAUCAUGCAAACUUUGGUCUGGCAAGUCCACACUACCCACUAGUUACUGCACAUUGCAUCAGGACCUUGGCCAGACAUUUUUAGCCAAGAUACAUCACCGUGAGUGAACACACAACUUCUUAAACUUUGAUUGCCAGGUUUGAAUAUCAGCCAGGAUUAGCACUGAGAAUAAUAAAUAUAUGUCACUUGGCGGACGAGACGAGUAGUGUUGUUUGGAAAAUAUUAAUGAUGUGUCUGGAAAUCAUCAAUUAACCUGUAAGAAGCCACUCUCUUGUGGCCGAAAGCAUCAGUAUUACAAAAUUGUUGGAUGGUUUUGCAGUCGGCCUCUGUAACUCAGUCUGUACUUAGCCAGUCAGGACUGUUGCUUUGUUGUACGGGUAACCGCACCGUGCAUUACAUAAUUAAAUCAUAUCUGGAAUACUUAUGUUGAGGUGUACGCAUGUGAUGCACUUUGCCACCCACUUCUAAACUGAAGUACUUCAGCCCUGAGUGUAAAAAGCUUCUUUGGCUUGUACAAGGUCAGUAAUGGAUACAUGAUUAGAUAACUCGAUGAAGGGUCACGGAGACAUUGACUUUAGAAAACCAGGUCCUCAGUCAGUACCUGAAGAUGUUACCUCUAAAUUUCUGUGUAUCUUUUGUUUUGAGUUUUCAACAUUGUGAUGAUUUGUGUACCGGUUUGGUUAUUAUUUCAUAAAGCUCUUGUUGAAUUGUAUGCAUUUUGAACAUUGUGUCCAAUAAAUAUGUUAAUAUUUUUA